AUGGGAUGGAUCAAACCAAAAUCAAUUACCUUUAAAAAGGCAUGGGCAGUACUUGAAGAAGAUGAAUACUUUGCAUUGUUAAAGAAAUGUAUCACACCUUCGUUGAUUAUACAGGAUUUCGUUUCAAUGAUCCCACAGGGUGUUGGAUCGUCACAAGAGAUAUUAUCAAAUCCAAACCUAGAUCGUGGAAAUACCUACAAUAUGAAUGGAAAUAGUAAUUUGGAUUAUUUAAAUAGUUAUUAUUCUGAUGAAUAUAUAAAUACUAUUGUUACUACUGUUAAUAGUACUCCUCCUCCUCCCGCAUCUUCUUCAAGUUUAAAACAAUCACAAGGAUUACAACAGCCACCAUCCUCUUCAUCUUCAAAUUUAAAUCAACAAGAAUAUAAAAUAGCAUUAAAAAAUAAGGCAUAUCAAUGUAUUGGAAUAUCAAAUGAUCUUGUUGAAAUUCAAUCAAUGUGGCAAUGGAUCAAAGACAAUAUUAUACCAUCGGUUCAAAAGAUGAAUAACAAUAGCAACGAAAUAUUUGAAUUCCUAUCACUCAAAUUCACAUGUCUUGGCAUACACGACGAAAACAACAAAGAACAAGAACGUGAAAGAGAACAAAAAGAUAAAGAUUUCAAGAAAAAAGAAAGAGCUUUUAAAAAAAGAUUUAAUUUUAAUACAAAUGAAUCUUUAGUUACUCAAUAUUCAUGUUCAUUAAUGGAUAAAAUACAAAGACAUGGUUGUAUUAGGAUUAUACCGACAAAGAUCAAGAUUAUGUUUAAUGAAAUAUUGGAAUUAAAGAAAUGUACACAUUCCAAUUCAUUUCGAUUCUUGUCGUCGAUUACCGAUACGAUCAAGAUACAAACCGAGGCCAAGGAAUACAUAUUCCAUACUUUUUUCAAGAUUGAUGAAACCUUUCAAAUAUUGGAUCAGAUUCGUAAACUGGCAAUGAAUAGAAUGAUUGUCAAUGCAGAUAAACAACAUAUGAUUCAAACGGCUACAACUACGGUUGUAUCAAAUAGUUCAAACAACAAACAAAUGGGAAUGCCUACUAUACCAAUACCAAUAUCCUCCCAAUUCAAUUCGUUAAAGGCAUCGGGUGGAUAUUUUCAAGCACCUAUUGGAGUUGGUGCAGCUCAAUCGAUUGAUGGUGGUAUUCAUAAUAUUGCAUCGUCAAGUUGGCAACCAUCCCCUUAUAUUUCAUUGUCACCACCUGGUGAGCCAUAUGGUUCUCUAUCAUCUUCUCUUGGAGCAGCGGCUUCAAGUAGUUAUACAACUCCAUUUACCGGUGGUGGUGGUGGUGGAAGUCACAUUACAACGGGUGGCAAUAACAGCUGUUACUAUUCCAGUUCACCAUUGGCAACAGCUCCUCCUUCACUAAGUGCAUCUACCACCAAUUAUUGGGAUUCACCAACUAGUGUCAACCCAAGUUUUGGAUCACAGACUCCACUAUCAUCUUCGUCGUCGGCUAUCCACAGUCCUUCAACCAACACACUACUUUCUCAAAGUUUUGGUGGAAUGAGUUUUGGUAAAACUCCAACUGGUAUUCAUUUAUAUCGUCAUCACCAACAAUCACAACAACAACAACAACAACAACAUAAUAGUCAUCAACAACAUCGUCAUAGUCAUCAAACAAUAGUAAAUGUAAAAGAAAUACUUAAAGAACAAAUUAAAAAUCAAGAUUUCCAAUCACUUUUCAAUCUUCCUUCACAAGAAUUCCUAAUCGAGGAGUUUCAAUCAACACUAUUACUUUAUCAUGGACGUACCAAACAAGAGGUACCAGGAAAGUUAUACAUUUCAACAAACUUUGUUUGUUUUGGUUCAACAGAUUUAAAUUUUAUCAUUCCCAUUCAAGAAAUAUCAUUUUUAACUACUGAUGAUUCAAACAAAAGAAUUAUUAAAAUUACUGUUCAAAAUAUUCAAAAGUUUUAUUUAUUAACAAAUCAAGUUGAAAAUACAUAUGAUUUAUUAAGACAUUUAUGGUUAGAAACUGGAUCAACAUCAACUGGUUCAACUAUUGGGUCGUCAUUAUCAAUUUUUAAUUCAGAAUAUCAAAGAGUUGGACUUUGUGAAUCAAUGUUUAAAGAUUUGAAAUAUUUUUCAAGUGAUUUUGAAAAGAUUCAAAGAGAACAAACUCAUAUUUGGAAUCAAUAUUUUGAAGUAAAUGGAGAUGGAAUUGCAAUGAUCAAUAGAAAUGAUUUGAAGAUGAUGAUUCGUGGAACUAUUCCAGAUGACUAUAGACGUACACUAUGGUUAUUAACCUCUGGUGCCAUUUACAAAUCCUAUUGUCAACAUCCCAACUAUUAUACUCAAUUGUUGGAUCUUCAUGCAACAGAAACACCAUCGACAUUUAAAAAUGAUAUUGAAAAGGAUUUGAAGCGGUCAUUCCCAGAACAUCCUUACUACCAAACCGAACAAGGAAUCGAUUCACUUCGAAACAUUUUAAUUGCCUAUUCACUUCGUAACCAAUCGAUUGGUUAUUGUCAAUCAAUGAAUAUUAUUGGUGCCAUUCUACUAUUGUACAUGAAUGAAGAGGAGGCAUUUUGGGUUCUAUCGGCUAUUUGUGAAGACUAUGUAGAGGAUUAUUAUCAUCAAACUGGUAUGGUUGGAAGUAUAGCCGACGGUAAAACAUUUGAACAUUUGGUAGAGAUCUACCUACCAGAACUCGAUCAACACAUCAAAAAACUCAAUUGUUCAUUGUCAAUGAUCAUUUUGCCAUGGCUUUUGUGUCUCUUUAUCGGACACGUUCAGAUGGAAGCAAGUUUACGUAUUUUGGAUUGUUUCUUUUAUGAAGGUUCAAAUUUCCUCCUUCAAGCUGCGCUGUCUUGUUGUAAAUCAAAGGAAAAUCAACUAUUGGCUUGUAAAAGUGAAGAAGAGGUGAUGAAGGUUUUUAAAACUAAAAACUAUAACGUUGACCUCAUUUUUAAUUGUGUUUUGGAAACUUUUGAUGAUAUCCAACAAGACAAAAUCGAACAAAUUAGAUCUUCAAACAAAUUCAUGGCAAUUAAAAAUGUACAAAUAACAACUAAAAAAUCAAAAAUUAGAGAUUGGAGUGAAAGAUAUAAAAAUUUAACAAGAAAUGAUUUAGAAAUUAUUUAUGAUUUAUUCCAAUCUUAUGUAUCAUUAAGUACAAGUAAAUUGGGAAUUGGUAGAAACAAAUUUAUGGAAAUUUGUAAAGAUGUUUUACCAGGUGCCUGGAAAAAUCAAGUGGAAUUACAUCAUAGAUUAUUUAAAUUAUUAGAUGAUGAUAUGGAUGAUUUUAUCAUUGGUGAUGAAUUUUUUGUUUUUGAUAUGUAUGAUAUAGAUCAUGAUGAACAAAUUAAUUAUCAAGAAUUUAAAUUAUUUUUGGAUUCUCUAUUAAGUUUAUUGAAACCAAAUCAUAUACCAAAUCAAUCACAUCCAUCAUUUGAAAUUGAUACAUUUGUUACACAUAUACUUUCAUUGGAAGAUGAACAAUUAUUAAGUAUUGAACAGAUCACUUCCUUUGUCGAUGAAAUGAAGAAUUUCUUUGGCAUUGAAAACCUUGUUCACCAAUAUCAAAUUGGAAAUACUCAUCAUCAAAGUAAUAACACAACACCCAUCCUCUACAAUUUAUCAACAACAACACAACUAAAUCCCUUAUCCCUUUAUGGCUUGCUUGCAUUUAAAAUUAAUAAUUAA